AUCAAUGAGGAUAGUACAAGAUUGAGAAACUCUGCCUUAAUGAAUUAGCGUCAAACAACACAUUAUAAAUGAGACGAACUGGACAGAAGAACAUUACUAAAUUAGAUAAAAAAGGUAUAAAUAGGCAUUGAUCUAUAGAAGAGCACAUUCAAGUAGUUAAGUUCGCUUGAUAACAACGGAAAUGCGCGUCUUUUUGGCAGUAUGUUUGACGGUGGGAGUGGCCCUUGCGGCCGAACCUCUGAGGGCUUUCACUCCCUUCACGUUCGCCACGACUCGUCGCCCCGCAACCGCGUUUGCUUCGGUGUACAACCCUAACCGUUACUACAACCCUGCCAUUCCCCGCUACGACGUAUCUGGAACCGAUGCUGAAGGUCGCUACGACCCCAGCCAGGACAGCUCUGGCAGAUACGUACCCGACAACUCUGGUGCUUACAACGGUGACCGUGGUGACCGCGGCGGUGCUGGUGGCUUCUACUCCGGAUCCAGCGACGCGGGCGGUCCCGGCGGCGCCGGCGGCGCCUACAGCGGCUCCCCCAGCUUCGGCGGCCCCGGCGGAGCUUACUCCGGCGCUGGCAGCGCUGGCGGCCCCGGCGGCGCUUACAGCGGUGAUGACGAUGCUGGCCGUUACAAGCCCGACAACAGUGGCAUCUACAACGGAGACCGUGGAGACCGUGGCUCAGCUGGCGGAUUCUACACUCCUGAGAAGUCUUCCGGUUCCGGCAGCGGCAGCGGCUUCGGUAGCGGUUCUGGCAGCCUGAGCGGCUCUGGAAUCGGCAGCGGCUCUGGCAAAUUCGGUGCCACAGCUAGCACACCUGGCCUCUCUGGCGCCGUUACCCCUGGCGCGUACGGAAAAGUUUCCACCGCUGGAUCUGGUUACGAAUACAAGUACGGCAUCAUCCGCCAAGAAGGCGACGUCCUCCCCGACGGCUACCACUACCUCUACGAGACCGAGAACAAGAUCCUCGCCGAGGAGGCCGGCAAACUUGAGCAAAUCAGCCCCGAAGAAGACGGCAUUAGGGCCAAGGGAUUCUACGAGUACGUAGGCCCCGACGGUGUUACCUACAGAGUUGACUACACCGCUGACGAGAAUGGUUUCGUUCCCUCCGGCGCUCACAUCCCCAAGUAAAUCUAGUCAAGUUUACUCAUCCAUUGUUGGUGGAACAAAACCAAUAUGUACAUAAUGCAACUAAUAUCUCUGUACCUGUCCUAAAUUAGAUCAAUAAAGAUGCUACUUAUAAAAUUUAA